UUUGGCUAGGAUGCAGGCUUCGGCCGAGGCCAACAACUCGCUCGAUCUACAGUCCAUGCAAUCCAUGGAGUGGCUCUUCAAAAAGGAGCCCAUGUACCUCCUCGCCCAGUUUUGGCAACAGAGGGCGACUUUCGCGGAGAAGGAAUUGGCCGAGCUCAAGGAGCAACGAGCUAACAAUGGAAACUCUAAGACUGAGGUGUCCCAGAACACCGCGCAAAGCGCCGAACAGACCCAGGACACCAACAACCCGAGGCGGACGCCCAAUACCAACUACGAGCAGGAGCUGCAGGCCAAGGACAGAGAGAUCAGCCAGCUGAUGGAGGAGGUGUCGAGGCUGCAGAUGAGCCUGCAGCGCGUGCAGGAGACGAGCGCGCAGGCGAGCGCCCGGCUCGAGGAGGAGUUGGAGGCGCGCCGGCAGCACAUAAGCCGGCUCGAGGUCAAACUCGAGCGCCAGAAGGACUACGAGGAGCUGAAGCGCGAGAUCAGCGUCCUGAGGUCGGUCGAUCUGUCGCAGAUACCGACCGGCGAGCACGGCAAGAGUCUCGAGCAGGUGCUCAUCGAGCGCUCCAAGGCGCUUCAGCAAGCCGAGGGACUCAAGCCACCCGGCACGCCGGACGCGCUUGGUGGAUUGUCGUCGCCCCUGCAGCGGCCCGCGACCGGUUCGCCCCACGGCUCGGUGAUCCCGGCCCCCUUGUCCUCCCUGAUGCCCAUCAGCAGCAGCAAUUCCCAGCCGGCGAGCCGGUCCACGCCCACGCCCUCCUCGACCACCCACCAGGCCCAAGUUGGCGUCUCCUCCUCCUCCACCACCACCACCACCACCUCCUCCUCCUGCUCCUCUGGCUCGUCGCUCCUGUUCCCCCCGCCCCUGCAGAACGUCGAAACGUUCGGCUCGUUCCUCGGCGAGGAGAUCGUGGCCAACUGGAGGCGAUCCCUGGAGAGGUCGAUCUUGAGUCAGCAGCAACCACAGCAACAGCAACAACAACAACAACAACAACAACAACCACCGACCACUCCCUGCACCCAGAAUAUCAUCACCACCAACACCACCACCACCAACACCACCACCACAACGCCAGCAGUAGCAGGAGCAGCAGCAGCAGCAGUCUCUCUAAAUCGCCUUCCGUCGCCUACAGAUUCGUCGCCGUCGGCCCUACUACAGCAUCACAGUGCCACCAGUACCCCAACAAAGUCCUGCAGCGGCCUCGUCAGUCCCCUCGUCGACCACCACCAACCACAGCACCACCACCACCACCACCACCAACACCACCAACACCACCAUCAGUCGCAACAGUUGGCCAUAAGUCUCGAAAAGGCGCCGACGCCGGGUCGGGAGACCCCCGUACCCGGCACGCCCUGCUCGAGCACGCCCAGCUUGACCUCGCCGCCCCUGCUCCUCGGGCCCGGGGAACCACUCAGCAAUGGGCCGGCACCUCCACCCAAGAGCCCUGCCGAGGACGUCGCCGCUGCUGUCCACAACAGCUUCGUCGCCGCCUCCGUGGUCUGUAACAACAACAACAACAACAGCCACCACCACCUCAACAACAACAACAACAACAACAACAACAACAACAACAGUAGCAGCAACAACAACAACAUUGUGGGGGCCGGUCUGAGCGGGGUCCUGGACAGCUUGAAGAGCGGGCCGUUCCGGUUCGACGAGAGAACGCACCCGUUUCGCUUCGGGGAUGAGUUCGGGGCUGCGGGGAUGGCGGGCCGUAUCGGGGAGUCGCUCAUACCUAAGGGCGACCCAAUGGAGGCGCGCCUCCAGGAGAUGCUGCGCUACAACAUGGACAAGUACGCGUCGCAGAACCUCGACACGUUGCACAUAUCGAGGCGGGUGCGGGAAUUGCUGUCGAUACACAACAUUGGCCAGAGAUUGUUCGCCAAGUACGUGCUUGGGUUGUCCCAGGGCACGGUUAGCGAGUUGUUGAGCAAACCCAAGCCCUGGGACAAGCUAACGGAGAAGGGCCGCGACAGCUACAGGAAGAUGCACGCGUGGGCCUGCGACGACAACGCCGUGCUGCUACUCAAAUCCCUCAUACCCAAGAAAGAGUAUGUUUCAGGGAAGGAGCCGGGGGUAACUGGUGGUUUCGGGCGCGCCGGUCAGGACGGCUCGGGUGGCAACGGUGGCCCGGGCACGCCCCAGGAGUCGAGCGACGAGCGCAUGGCCCACAUGCUCACCGAGUCGGCGGCCCAUCUGCAGCUGCACCAGCAACAACAGGCCACCCGUCACCAACUGCACAGCGAGCCCGACACGUCGAACGACGCCGACAGCAAGAGCCCCAGUCGGCUCAACUGCCCGAGCCCCUUCGCCGCGAUAAAGGACCGCUCGUCGGCCGGCCUCGACUCGGUCGGUCAGAACCGCAGGCUCAAAAAGUACGAGAACGACGACAUUCCCCAGGAAAAGGUGGCCAGGAUCUACAACGAGGAGCUCGCCAAGAUCAUGGGCCGAAGACCCGAGGACAUGCGCGGCCCGCGCGACUUUCCCACCAGCGCGAUGUUUCCCAAUAUUUUCAGCGGCCAGAACCUCCAGGGGAUGGACCGCACGCAGGAGGAGAUCCGCAUGGCCCUGGACGCGUACCACCGCGAGCUCCAGAAGUUGAACGUCGCCCAGGCGGGUCUGCCCUACCCAUCCCAGAUCUCGAACCUGUUGGCCCUGCAGCAGCACGCGAUGCAGCAGCACCACUUGGCGACCAACGGUGCCGGGGCCACAGCUCAGGAUCUCAGUUUUGGCAACAUAUUGCGCAACAAGAUGAUCAACGGCGUGUCCGAGGAGGACAAGGAGAAGAUGGAGGAGGCGAUGAGGCACGCGGGCAGCGCCUUUUCGUUGGUCAAGCCGAAGCAGGAGGGCCCGGGUGCCGGUGCCCAAUCGACGCCCGGUGGCUCCAGUGCGAGCUCGCCCCUGGGCAACUCGAUACUGCCCCCGGCGAUGACGCCCAGCGAGGAGUUUGCCGGCGCGGCCGCGGCUAGUCCUCUGCAGCGCAUGGCCUCGAUCACCAACAGCCUCAUCAGCCAGCCGUCCACCCCGUCUCACCACACGGCCAACCAGAGGCCGCUCAAGGCCGUGUUGCCGCCCAUCACCCAGCAGCAGUUCGACAUCUACAACAACCUCAACACCGAGGACAUCGUCAAGAGGGUGAAAGAGCAGCUCUCCCAGUACUCGAUCUCGCAGCGUCUCUUUGGCGAAUCCGUCCUGGGCCUGUCCCAGGGCUCCGUGUCGGAUCUCCUGGCGCGGCCCAAGCCUUGGCACAUGCUCACGCAAAAGGGCCGCGAGCCCUUCAUCCGCAUGAAGAUGUUCCUCGAGGACGACAACGCGGUGCACAAACUCGUGGCCAGCCAGUACAAGAUCGCCCCGGAGAAGCUGAUGAGGACCGGCGGCUACGGCGGCCUGCCUCCAUGCGGAACGCCGAUGAAGCCAAUGCCACCGACAAAGCUGGUCCAGGAGCAGCUGCAGAAGCAGGCGCAGGCGGCAGCCCAAGCGGCAGCGGCUGCCUCGGCCCAGCACCAGCAGGAGAGCCACUUGCAGCUCGGGCCACCCCAGCAGAGUCCCCAACACUCGGUGCAUCAGCAACAGCCAUCGCCGAUGCUGCUGACCCCGCCUGGACCCAUCCUGUCGCAGCACGCGGCGGCGCAGCUGAGCAUGCAAGAGCUCCAGAAAAAGCAGCUACAGCAGCAGCAAAGGAUGAGCUUGCACUCGCCGCACCAUCAGCUGGCCCCGUCGCCCCUGCGUGGCCUCCACUCGCACAUAACGACGAGCGUGUACGAGAUGGCCGCAUUGACGCAGGACCUCGACACCCAGACCAUCACGACCAAGAUCAAGGAGGCCCUGCUGGCCAACAACAUCGGCCAAAAGAUAUUCGGCGAGGCGGUGCUUGGACUGUCGCAGGGCUCGGUGAGCGAGUUGUUGAGCAAACCCAAGCCCUGGCACAUGCUCAGCAUCAAGGGCCGCGAGCCCUUCAUCCGCAUGCAGCUCUGGCUCACGGACGAGCACAACAUCGACCGGCUACAGGCCCUGAAGAAUGAGCGCCGCGAGGCCAACAAGAAGCGCCGUAGCAUCGGACCCGGCCACGACAACAGCUCCGACACCUCGAGCAACGACACGGCCGAGUUCUACCACGCGCCCUCGCCCGGUCCACCCUCGGCCAAGAAACAGCGCGUCCUAUUCAGCGAGGAACAGAAGGAGGCGCUGCGGCUGGCGUUCGCGCUCGAUCCCUACCCGAACGUCGCGACCAUCGAGUUCCUGGCCAACGAGCUCGGCCUCUCCUCGCGCACCAUCACCAAUUGGUUCCACAACCACCGCAUGAGACUGAAGCAGCAGCCGCCGCACGGCCAGUCGGAGCAGCCCACGACGGGGAUCACCGCGGCCACCGUCACGGCGACGCAGCCGGCGACUCGCGAGCCCGGCCAGCCCUUCGACCCCGUCCAGUUCCGGCUGCUGCUCAACCAAAGACUGCUCGACAUACAGAAGGAGCGGCUGGGCCUGGGCCUGAGCGGCGUGCCCCUGUCCUACCCGCCGUACUUCAACCCGAACCUCGCGGCCCUCGUGGGCAGCGCCCUCAAGGAGCAAUGCUCGGGCCUCGAUUUGUCGAUGGGGUCGCUCAAGCGCGAGCCCAAUCCCGAGUUCGAGGACGAUGACGCGGAGGCUGACGCCGAGGCCGACGACGUCAUGAGCAACCUGGGCAGCGAGGACAGCGAAACCUCGGCCGCGAGUAUAAAGCGCGAGCCCGCGGAGGCACCCGCCCCUUCGAGCAACUCCGCCCCGGGUAGCAGUAGUAGCAGUAGUUCGCGCCGGCGCAAGCCCGCGGCACCCCAGUGGGUCAAUCCCGAGUGGCAGGAGCCGGCGGCACGUCCGGGGGACGAGGUCAUCAUAAACGGGGUCUGCGUGAUGCAGACCAGUGGCGAUGAUUAUUCCGUGAAGCGUGAGCCCGAGGAGACGGUGAGGGUCGAGCCUACGCCCGUUCAAGACCUCCACCACGCGCACCACCAGCACCGGCCGGCUUACGACGACGACGCGCAGAGCGACGUGUCCUCGGGCUCGGCGGAGCCGCGCGCGGUCAUCGGGGACAUCAGGGAGCAGCCGAGUCCUUCGCCUAGUCCAAAGUCAGCUUCGGGACAGCACAGCGCCGUGGGCUCGCCGAGGCUGGUAUCGACGCCUCUUCCACAGGUCGGCGACGACGAGCCGGCCGGCAGUCCCAAGCAGCAACAGCAGCAGCAGCCCGUUAAGCACGAGCCCGAGGAGGCUUGGGAUUACUAGACUGCGCCACCGGAGAGAGAGACCAGAGACAGAGCGAGCCCCUAGCUGACUCCUCCUCGUUCCAAGAGUAUUUAUUCCAAAGCUGUGAGCUGGCCAAGCCAAGCUAGACGAGAAAUCGCUCGAGCAAGCAAGACUGAGCACGCUCGUGCGUCAUCCGCUCCCCGGGAUGAGGCUUUUAUCAUAACGUACUGUAUCUUUGUUAAGUUGUUUUUCAUUUUCUAUUAUUAUUUCUCGUAAUAUCUCAAAGCCAGCAAUAGGAUUCGGCCGGAGCCGGGUCCUGCCUAAGGUUAGGGCAUUAACUUAAACAAAAUAAAAGAUAUGUUAAAAGUAAGGUAAAACAAUGAAACGAAAAAGGAUGACGCGAGGGCACCCAUUUACGUGUGUGUGGCUUCGUCGUCGAGUACCGAGCAGAAUCAAAAGAAAUAUGCGAGGCUUUUCAAGUUGGCGCACCUUGACGAGUCGAGUUAUUUGUACACGCAGGAUGACAACGAAGGAGAAUGAAGAAACAGAUGAUGGGGAUGAGUUGCGUUGAGAGGAAAUAAUGUGAAUCGUCAUUUAGUUGUAAGUUAUCGAAAUUUGAGAGAAUAUCCCUUCACCUCUGCCUUCCAGCGGAUCGCAUGAAAAAUCGUACGUUGAUACAAGUAUACUUGGAGGAAGGGAGGGCCGAUGGCGCAGGGCCGAUUCUCUCGGAAAACAGUGCAAUCUCCACGUAACCGAUUGUUAGAUUGAUUUUUAAGUGCAAGAGGAACGAUUCAAGUGCGAGUUUUAUGUAAUGUGAGCGAACGAACGAAUGAGAGCAAAUUACAUUGGUAAGAAAAAUAAAACAACGAUUGUGCUAUGAGAGAGAGCGAGAGUGUGCGACAAAAUUGCAUAAUUGUGAUUAAUGUUAUCGUUUAUAUUGAUCCUCCACCCCCCCCCCUCCUCCCCGAUUCCCCGUGCGAA